CCUUAUAAAAAAUUUCCCCUUUUUUUAAUGUCUAUUUUUAUUUUCUCCACAAAAAUCAGAUUCUUGUACUCUCACUCUCUCACAAGUCACAGCCCUGUACUCUGUAGUGGCACUACUGCUCUUCAUCCUCCAUCUCACAAUUUCAGAUAUCAACAACGUUGGUGACGAAGAAGAUGAAUGCAAAUGAGGAUAGCUGCUUUCUCCUUCACUUCAUCAUGGGCACAUAUUUCGGUCCUGAUCUCAAAGGGGAGAGUAUCAAAAAGUCGGCUUUACAGCGAAUAGCAGAAGAUCUCCCUCCCUAUACACUGGAGCAGUUGGCAGAUUCCCACAUCAACACAUCUGAAAUCGAGCAAAUUUACUAUUAUCUUGUAAGGAAGGCGGAUAGGUCACUGGCAGUCAAACUAGCCGUGUUAAAGCAGUUCAUCCAAGGCAAUCAUCCUUCUCAGGGUGCAGACUUUCUUACACUCUUUCCUUCCCAUUUGCACCCUCAGAAGGAGUCACUUAACCAUAGUAGGAUCGUUUCAAAUGUUGUGUUUAUUCGAAAUCCUGCCAUCUUCUAUAUCAAACGGGAGGAUAUUGAGAGGUUUAAGAGACUAACAGGAUUAGAAGAUCUCUUCAUAGAAAAUAGUGUUGUAAGGCUGCCAAAUGGUGUAUUUCUCGAGGAGGAGGAUUUAGGGAAUGAUGAUGAUGACUCAGAGGAGGUGCCCAUCUUGAAUUACUAUCGUGGGAUUCGUGGGUGUCAAAGGAAACGCAAAUUGGAUGAAAUUUUGAAGUCUGAGAAUCUGAAGCAACCAAAAUCACUUCAGGUGGCUUUGCCACCUUCUGCAAAGCAAUUGAAUUCUAGGGUCAGAGACGGCCCUGGUAUUGUUAUUCUCCCUUCUCAGCCUAGCCGGGAGGAACUGCGCCGCAUUGUGGAGAUAGCAAGAAACGCAUAUGCAGUGACUGGAAGUGCGGCAAAGGGUGAAGUUGGUUCCGUUAUUGGACUCAUGGACAUUAGUGAAUCCGAGGAUUCAUACCUCUUCCGUGUUGCCCUUCCAGGAGUUAAAAGAGAAAACAGAGCAUUCCAGUGUGAAGUUGAAAGUGAUGGGAGGGUGGUGAUAAAGGGAGAAACGGUAACAGGCGAGAAGAAAAUAUACCGGUUUACGCAAACAUUCGUAAUGCAAACACAAAACAUGUGUCCACCAGGGCCAUUUUCGAUCUCAUUUCAGCUCCCAGGUCCAGUCGAUCCCCAAAAAUUCUCCGGUAGUUUUGGCCAAGAUGCAAUCCUUGAGGGAAUCGUCAUGAAGAAAAUUCCUCCAACAAGAUUAAUCAAAUUUGGCACUGAACCCUGAUUUCUCUUACCAAAAAUAUGUCACAUUCCGGCUUUUGUGCCGUUGUAAAUUCCUAGCUAAUAGCCUCUGUAGAUAUUCCAAAAACUAGCUUAUUAGCUAAUGUAAGAGACUCAUCAGCCUAAAGUAGAGUACUCCGAAUAA